AUGUUUUGUGGUACUAAAAUCUUAGGAAAUAAAACUAAUCAAGACUGCUUAGAAAAAUUUUUUGGUACCAUUAGACAAGUUGCUGGUUCCAAUGACCACCCUACUACACCUACAUUUUUACAGCUAUACAGAAUGUUAUCGGUAUAUUCAAUAAUCAAGCCCCCCAAAUCAGGAAAUUGUUGUAUACUAGAAGAAAAUAUCCCAGUUAUUACAAUCACAGACCUAAAAACUAUUUUAAAUGAUAAAAAUGAUGUAAAUGAAAGGGAAGUUAAAAUAAAUAAUUUAAAACAAAAAAUUGAUUACAUUGUUGAAGAAGGUCAAUGGAAUUUUGAGGAUGUUUUUAGCGAACACAAUUAUAGUGAUGUCAGUUCUACAGCUUUUGAGUGUGCAGUUUAUUUUAUGGCUGGGUAG